ACAGACCACCAGUUAACUCCUUGGUCACCUUCCCGACACUUCAAUGAGGACAGACGCGUCCCUCAAACCAGGAACAUGAAGGGCUUAUCCAGCAGCCGUGCCCAGCACCAGAUCCCCUCGCCUCACCCCUGCGGCCUGGUGGAGUGUGACCACCCCCACGACUUGCACGGCAUGCACGUGUCUGACCCCCGCUACUCCUACCUGCUCAGCCCCACGGAGAGCUGCGCCAUGGACUACCAUCACCGCUACUCGCCCCGCAGCUCCAUUCACUCCGACUGCAUGACGAUGUCCCCGGUGAUGCUGCCUCCUGCUGCCGCAGCUGACCACGUCUCCAGCAGCACCUUUCCAAGAAUGCACUACAGCACCCAGUACUACGACUCAGCCACGCGAGACGACUGUGCCACCAUCACCACCUCCGCCACUUCAGCUGCUGCCAUCGCCGCCGCAUCCUCCGCCUCUCAUCAUGCCGGCAGCAAAAGCAACCGCAUCCCAGCUAACCUCCUGGACCAGUUUGAGAAGCAGCUGCCUCUGCACCGAGACGGCUUCCACACGUUGCAGUACCAGCGCACCUCCACCACGGCCACCAGCGAGCAGCGCAGCGAGAGCCCUGGGCGAAUACGCCACCUGGUGCACUCUGUGCAGAAGCUAUUCACCAAGUCCCACUCGCUCGAGGGCUCCUCCAAGAUGAACGGCACCAAGGGGGACAGUGGGGGCCACCACCACCACCACCACGGCGGUCACCAUUCCUCCAAGCACGGCAGCAAACGCAGCAAGAGCAAGGAACGUAAGCACCGCUCAGGCGGCUGGUGGAGCUCUGACGAUAACCUGGACAGCGACAGUACCUACCGCACGCCCAGCGUCAUGAGCCGGCACCACGUGGAGCACGCAGGCCACUGCUUCCCAGACUCAGUGCACACUCACUUUGGUGACCUCUCGCUUAAAACCUCCAAGAGCAACAAUGACGUCAAGUGCUCAGCCUGUGAGAACCUGGCAAUGGCACCUGAGGGAAAGUUUAUGAAGAGGAGCUCCUGGUCCACACUCACUGUCAGUCAGGCCAAAGAGGCAUACCGCAAGUCCUCACUCAACCUGGACAAGCAAACGGUCCAUCACGACCUAAAGCCUUCCCUACGCACCAGUCAUUAUCUGCAGGUUCCUCAGGACGAGUGGGGAGGUUAUCCAGGGAUUGAUAAAGAUGAGGAGAUUCCGUGUCGCCGGAUGCGCAGCAGCAGCUACGUGAAAGCCAUGGGAGAUGACGAGAGCGGCGACUCUGACACCAGCCCCAAAACAUCGCCUCAAAAGUCUGUCCGGCCAGACGCACUCGUUCUCAAACCCAUCAUGCAUAGACCUCAUAUAGACAGCCAAAGCCAAGGCUACCACUUGCAAACGACGAGAGAUAUGCGCCCACACCCCAGUGUAUCCCUGGACCCAGCGACCACUUACAACCCUCCCCAGUUCCGCUCCCGCAACCAGAGCUACAUGCGUGCGGUCAGCAACCUCAGUCAGGCAAGCUGCGUGAGCCAGGUGAGUGAGACUGAGGUCAAUGGCCAGUUUGAGUCAGUUUGCGAGUCCGUUUUUAGCGAAGCAGAAUCCCAGGCCAUGGAGGCCUUGGACCUGCCUGGCUCUUUCCGCACUCGAAGCCACAGUUACCUGCGUGCAAUUCAGGCUGGGUAUUCCCAAGAUGACGACUGCUUGCCUUCAAUGACAUCCUCCACUGUCACUUCAACUCUCAGAUCCACAACAGCAACGGUGACUUAUGCGCCUGACUAUAAGAAGACGCCUCCUCCCGUGCCACCCCGCAGUACCACCAAGCCCAUCAUCUCAGUAACGGCUCAGAGCAGCACAGAGUCCACGCAGGACGCUUAUCAUGAGGGACGCCUGCCCCGAGGCGGGCUUUGGACCACGGACAGCCUGGGCAGGGCCAUCUACACAUCCACCGACAGCCUGGACAGCGCCAAGGCCGUCACACUGGCCAUGGAGACCAAGCGGCUCACGGGCAGCCACACUUCGGUGCAGACCUGCGACAAGGCCAUCCUGGUGUCCAAAGCGGAGGAAUACCUCAAGACCCCGCGCUCCUCCAUUGGAAUUCAGGUGGAAGCAGCCACAGACUCAGAGCCAGAGAGCAGAGGUCUGCCGCAGUAUCAGUCAGUGGGGAUCCAGGUAGAGGACGAGAAACGGCACGGCCGAUUCAAGCGCUCCAACAGCGUGACGACGGCAGUGCAGGCAGACAUGGAGCUGGAGGGCUUCCCCUCGAUGGAGGAUAAAAGUCUGCAGUUUGGGGGCUUCCAGCGGCACUCUGAGCCCAGCACCCCCACGCAGUAUGGUGCUGUCCGCACUGUGCGCACACAGGGUCUCUUCAGCUACCGUGAGGACUACCGGCCCAGUGGGCCGCCCAGCCCUCAGCCUGAACCCUGGCUGGUGGAGCCCUCACUGGAGGAGGCCGAGACGGGCCGCGUGUCGCCGCUGCGCCGUGACGGCAGCUGGUACAUGCAGCUUCUCCACAAUGAGACCAAACGCAUGGAGGGCUGGUGUAAGGAGAUGGAGCGCGAGGCCGAGGAGCACGACCUGUCUGAGGAGAUUUUAGGAAAGAUCCGGAGUGCUGUGGGCAGCGCACAACUUCUCAUGUCCCAGAAAUUCCAGCAGUUCUAUUGGCUGUGUCAGCAAAAUCUGGACCCUAGUGCUAUGCCCAGGCCCACCUCUCAGGAUCUGGCCGGAUUCUGGGACCUUCUACAGCUCUCCAUCGAUGACGUCACUGCCAAGUUCGAUGAGCUGCAGCAGAUUAAGAGCAAUGAUUGGAGGCUUGUGGAGCGUCCAGAGGAGAAGGAGGAGAGGAAGUGGCCUCCUCCCAUGCCAAAGAGGCCCCCUAAAGGUCGUGGGGCGGUGAUGCGCGAGCGCUCUCUGGACCUGCAGGACCGGCAGAGGCAGGAGGCCCGCCGCAGGCUGAUGGCCGCCAAGCGGGCCGCAUCUUUCCGCCAGAACUCAGCCACAGAGCGGGCAGACAGUAUAGAGAUCUACAUCCCAGAGGCCCAGACACGUCUAUGAAACCCACACUCGUCCAUCCAGCCGCGCCAUCCUCUCACCUGUGUGUGCUGCUAUUACAGAAACCAUUCACACAGUCCUGCCCCCACUGUUUAUUCAUGUUUAAAUGCUUUCUUCUGCUCUCUCAAUGCACAUACAGCUAGCAAUCCAUUAUUGCGACCUCCGCAGCGGUCUCGAAGGCGGCCCCCUUGUUG